UUCCUAGUGAUGAAGUGAUUCAUAGUAGUUACUGAGUUUAGAGGAAGGUAACUGUUAAUCUACAAUGGGCUUAGAGGAUUAUAAAGAACUUGUGGCAUCAUGUGCCUCUAUUUGUACAAUGGGUCAAAUGUUAUCUGGAACAUUGAUAUGUAAGGAUAUUUAUCGAAAAGGCUCAUCCGAAGGUUUUGAUUCCAUGCCUUUUUUGGGUGGUAUAGGAAUGUGUAUUUUAAUGCUUCAAUAUGCAUGGAUUUUGAAAGAUAUUGCAAUGAUUAAUGUUAAUAUUUUUGGAUUACUCACAAAUAUGGCAUACAUGGCUGUAUUCUAUUAUUACUCACCACACACGAAAGAUAUACUUGCCUCGAUAGGCAAGGCAACAACUUUUGUCAUGGUCUUUCUUGCAUAUGCACAAGUGGAAAGUCCUGAGAAGAUCGAAUUUAGAUUCGGUUUGAUUGUGACAGUGUUAUUGUUGCUCUUAGUGGCAUUUCCUCUCAUACAUCUUAGAAAAAUUAUAGAAACAAAAAAUACGGAUAUUCUUCCAUUUCCGAUCAUAUUUAUGGGUACUAUUGUCACAUUUUUAUGGUUAUUGUAUGGUCUCAUAAUUAAUAACGUUUUUAUUAUCUUUCAGAAUUCGGUAGCUUUUGUUUUAUCUUUGGCACAAAUGUCGUUAUUCGUAAUUUACCCAUCGAAAUCGAAAAACAAAGAAUCUACACAAAAGAAAACGGAAUAAGAAAAGUGAAAUGAAAUUAUGUAAAUAUAAAUAUUAAAAGCGUGUAGAUUUCAACAAACAUUUUAUCUUCAGCUAUUAAAAUUUUUCUAUAUGUAUACCGAUUAAGAUAAGUUUCGACAAUUCCAAUAGUUUUAUUACAUAAUAUACAUCAUCAUAUUAUUAGUCACGACUAUUGUGCCUACUAUUGUGCCUAGACAGUUUAAAAAAAAUAAAUAAGAUUUUUUUAAAUUAAA